ACAUGGCGAAUCGAAAUGAAUUUUACACUUACUGUUUUUUGUUUUUAGUUGCAAAGAAUAUCAACAGAAGAAAAUGCUUUUUUUUGUAUUCUCCAAAAGAGCCAUUGAAUUAUGGCUAAAAGUUUCAUGUUUUUUUUAAAUAUUUUUUCAAAAUCAACCAUUAAUACAUUAAUACGCAUGCGUAUUGAAUAAUAAUUUUCCAAUAGAAGAAGAAUGCUGUUGAGGAUAUUCAAACGCAUAGGUUAGGUCAACACGCUGUGUUUGUAUGACUUUGUAUGUUCUAGAUUUUUUAUUUAACUUAAUUAAUUAACGUUAGAUUUGUGUAUUAAUUAUUUAAUAUGGCUGAUAAUAAAAGUAAAAAGGUGCAAGAGUACAAGGAUUCAUUGAAAGCCAAAGCAGAAGAAUUAAUUUUAAAGGGAUUUCCAGAAACGAUUGUAAAGCUUAAUGACAUUUUAAAUACACCAAAAUUCAAAGAUAGAAGUUUCUCAGAAGUCCAUCAAGAAGUAAAUAUUCCAGUGCCUGAUCCCGUAUUGUUUAACAGUCAUGAUGAUGAUCUGCCACCCCUAAAGAAGAUUAAACGUGAUAGCAGUAUAUCUAGUGAUGGCACAAAUGUGUUUGUACUUCCUAAUGGACCUGUGCCUACUAACAAGUUGCUGUUGGAAGUAAUUGAUAUUGUGAAACCCCAUAUUAGAAAACUGAUUGAGGACUCAAAUUUACUGAAGAUGUGGAUUUCUUACAUGAUUCCGAAAAUUGAAGAUGGGAAUAAUUUUGGAGUAUCAAUUCAAGAAGAUACAUUGGCUGAAGUUCAGUCUGUAGAGUCUGAGGCUACGGCGUUCUUUGACCAGAUUUCACGUUAUUUUGUCUCCAGGGGUAAAUUAAUUUCGAAAGUAGCAAAAUAUCCUCACAUUGCUGACUAUAGGAUGGCCGUUCAAGAACUUGACGAAAAAGAAUAUUUGAGUUUAUGGUUGACCAUGGCCGAAAUCAGAAAUCGAUACUGUUCAUUGCAUGAUAUGGUCAUUAAAAAUAUUGAUAAGAUAAAGAAGCCACGUCCGAAUAACGCAACAGAGUCACUGUACUAACUUAAAUAAAAGUAUUAAUAAGUUUCUGUAAC